GAGCCUCGACGUCUCACAACCCUAUGGGCCUACACGGCCUGUUACCGUUAUAUACGAGUAAACAACUGAAGCCCGUCCUGUCUUCUUACUACUUUCACGCUUGCUGCAACUGAUUGUGUAAUAGGGGGUUCGUAUGACCUCCAGUGGCAUGUGCUAAUGCGAAAUUUCUUAAGCAUCUAUCAACUGGUUCAAAAUUGCGUGGCAGAAAAACUGUCAUAUAAAAACCGCCAUAAGCCCAUAAUUCCCAUUAACUUUCCUUAUUUGAGGAAAGUAGGCUGGACAAGAACAACGAAAGUCUAGCUAUUUCUAACUUUGUGACGUGAAUUUUUAGUUAUAUCGAAAGAGACGGAAGUUCUUGACUGAAGAGCCCUAGUGCUUCAAGUUGAGCCUCUUAUCAGCCAAGGAUCACCCAGCAAUCACAUCAGAGCUAUUAUCAAAUCAUGGUUUGAGAGAAUGCUGACGGACAGCACAGACUAGCUUUCCUUUCCUAUUCUCUUCACCUGAAGACGGAAUGAAACCCAUUUCAGAAUCGCAAUGGUUUUAUUAAACUCGGACGAUAGACAAAGUUUAAAAUAAUAACUUCGGACAAGAAACAUGUCCAUUUCACUAAAAGAAUAACUUAUAACUUCGCAACUUUUUAAUUAUCCAUGAUCUUGUCCGAUGCUGAAUUUGGUAUGAACAGUGUUAAUCGUUUCGUUGCCUACAGUGAGACGCCCUCUGUUAAUGAACUGCUUAUAAAUAAGAAAACGUCUACUGCUACUACUAAUGCUACUGCAUUAAGGGGACCGACAAUUAAAAAAUAAGAACAUGGUUGACAAAUUGGUGUAAUGGUUGCUAGAAACUUUAAUUCUUUAAAACGGUAGAACAUAUGGUCUAACCCCAUAAACCCUUUCUAAUUAUCAAACCAAUAAAAAAAAUACCGUUGCUAUGGAAACCAAGUUCGUUUCCGUUAAUAAUAGAACUUGCAAUUUUAUUAUGACCUGAGUCAGGAUAAAUAAGUUCACAUAUUCAUCACUUAUUUCAUACAAUUAAUUCUAAUAUUUUCCCUUGUGGAAAACAAAAUAUGAAAGGCAGAAUAAAAAAUAUCAUCUAUCUUCUUUGCUUUAAUUCCUUGAAAUAUUUCGUUAUUUCCCUGGCAUAAGAAGAACAGCCUGGAAUUUCCUAUUUCGGGAUAAAAUAUGCAGUAGCGAGUUGUUCUUCCCCCUUUGGUUGCAUUUACUACAUAAUUUUAUUGUUAGGGAAAUCCAUAAUGUGAGAUAAGUCACACUUCUCGUUUAAGAGAUAUUUCCUGUUUUCGUAACCUAACGCGUCAUUAGAUAUAGCGAUAGGAACACCGUUAAAUAGCCCAACCCAACGUGUCAUGUUAACAUAGUAGGUGCAUAUGUAGCGGAGAACACAAUGAAGACGCUCGCAUUUCUUUCCUGCGUUCUGGUGCUAAGUGUUGUAGUCAGUGGAAGAGCACAAUUCUGGGGCACGUUUGAACGUCCGUCUUGGAGGUCACUCUCAACGACAAGAGCACCUAAACCAGUUACGGGAGCGUCUGCGGACGACAGCGCCACCCCAUCCGUUGUGGACGGUAACGGCUCCCUGCUGGGGUGCGACUGUCCCGCACCCCCGCAAUUCAAUCCCGUGUGUGGCAGUGACGGGGUCACGUACGGAAAUCUGCAGAAACUGAACUGUGCACGGUCAUGUGGGCGAAAUGUUCGACUCUCAUUCAUCGGAGCCUGCAGCAAUGGUUAACCUCACAUGAGCAUUUUUUUCGGGCCUGAAUCCAGAAUUCCGUGGUUUCGCUAUGCAUCGUAUAAUGAGUAAUCACUGCCACAUGUCAACUGCAAUUCCAAACGAAUUCUUACGAGUUUCUUUGAAUGUACUUAACUGUAUUUAUUCACUAAAGCUGUUUAAAAGAAAAACGCA